CAGCGCUUUUGGCAUGGUAAUUUUACCAGGGCAUCACUUAGCUGAUAAACGAGAUUGAGUUGAAAACCUCGUUGAGACAAACUUUGACAAGUGAAGGUUGUCCUAAUGCAGCUAUAUAUCAACUGAGCUAAAUUCUGCUGGCCCAGCGUUAUGCAGCGGCUACUGCGCGGGGUGCAUCCCCUCUGGUUCUGCUUGGGCGUAUGCCUGCUCGCCACAACAGCUUCCGCUGAUUUUGGUGGAUGGAUAAAUGGCUUAAAUGGUCAGGAAGUUCCUGUUGCCGAGGCGCUUCUUAUUGCUGGUGUUGUGCUCUGUGCACUGUCGGCCCUACUUCUCACUGUUGCUCUACUACACCUCACCGGUCGGUGCUUGGUGCAACCUGGGUGCAGCGAAUUCUGUCUGCCUAUUUCCCAUGGAGUCCUAGUCGCACUCUGGCUUCCGGUCGUGGGCAUGGCAGCCUUCCUCCUCAGUCGCCACCACUACCCCUCCAUCGCUUUUCUAGUUGCGGGAGUGCUGUUUGCUGCAGCCCACAUCGCAGUGAUCUCCAGCCAGCUCUGCUGGUGCUGCUGUGGAGGGGCAUUCGUAGGGGGCUGGGGCGCUGGGGCCUCGGACCACCCCAAGUCAGCCUUGCUGACCGCGCAGAACGGCGGCGGCGGUGCUCGUGGCGGCGGCAGUGCCGACAACGGCGCUGCCGGCGGCGGCGCCACAUCCUCCACCGUCACGGACGCGGAGGCCGCCGCCGGCGCCGCCAGCCGCAACCCCUUCCGCGCCACGUACGGCCUCCUCCCCGGCAGCAGCUCGGUGUUUGCCUAUCAGAUAUUCCUGCCGGGGGGCGAUGAGGAGCAGGCGAACGCGACGUCCUACACGGGGCUGCAAAGCGGUCCGGGACCGGCGGGAAAAGGGCGGCGGGAUGGGAAAGGCCGGCGGGGGGGAAGAGCGGCACAGCAGCAGCAACAGCAGCAGGUGGUGCAUCAGCCGCUUCAGGCGCUGCAAACGUCCCUGCAGUCGACGUCUUUGCAGCAGCAGCAACAACAACAGCAGCAAGGAGGGCCAGGGAUAUGUGACACGCGAAGUUGAGGGUUUGGCAGACUUGGGCUCGGGGGUCGGGGCUCGGGGCUCGGGGUGUAGUUGCAUGAAGAGGAAAGGACAUAGACGGGGGCAGCAGGGUUGUUGUGGGUUGGUCGGGAGGCUAAGAAAGGUUUCGGCUGUACAGAAGGGCGGGGGACAAGGAGCCGGGUGUAGAUAGGUAGGAGGGCUAGUGGAUUACGGUGUGUUGAGGACUGGGACCGUGUCUGGUCGGUGAUAGCUUGGAUGUGCUAAUGCAUGCAUACAUACUGCGGCCUGCAACUUGUGGAUGCCGGAAAUAGCUUGAACAUUCACGCGAUGUGCUUUGGAGCAGCAGCCUAGGAAGAGCGGGGGCCAUGAAGAGGGAGUCUGACAGGGCGUGUCUUCGGUAAUGCCAAUCACAGGGAAGCGCUCCAGUCGUGGCUAGUUGUUGCUAGCCAUGCGUUGGCAGCCCCAAUGGCAACGGCGGACGGCUGUCUUGGGGCUGUAUGUUGGAAUCGGAGAGGUGCUACGGGCUGUACUCGUCGGCAUCAUUGCCGGUCGUUGUAGUGGCGCAAGGCUCCUCCGCUGGCAGCAAGCAGCCAGGAUUGUGGUGGGUUGUCACUGACAGUUAGGUUGCUGCUCUUGCUGCGGCUGAUGUGGCUUGCCGGUACGAUCCCAUUAGUGGUGAAGAUAGCAAAGGCAGAAGGUGUCGGGAGAUGUCAAGACGUGCCGGUGCGAUAGGUAACUCGGGUCAUGGAUGAGUCGUGGGAUGCCGGCUGCUCCAAAAUGGCUGGGAUUCAUUUUCGUGGUUGUGCGGCGGUGCGCAUGUCAGCAAGCGCGGCGCAUUCGGCCAUCGUAUGUGAGGGCAACAGCAGUGCAAGCCCCGUGCAGCCGUAUGUGGUGUCUUAGCCUAUCGGCUCAUUCACAAGAGGUGGCACAUGGUCUGGCUGGAACGCAUCCUGUCGCUCAGGACGAGAGGUAGGACAGGGGCUUCCGGUUUUUCGAGCUUCGCAACGCAUUGUCCGCGUGGUGUGAAGAUGGUCUGACUCUGCUCUCUGUUUGUUUGUUUGUUAGCUGACCUUACCUCAGGGCGCACAGGAGGGUCGGUCCCUAGGGACAAACGGGUAACAGUGGUACCUGGUUUGUGCAUUUUCAACAAAACGACCUCAUGUGUGGUUGUUCCUGUUUUGGGCUACGGACCUCAGUACAUUGCACAAUGACAUUAGUUAAGUUGACGAAAAUCCUCGAGUUACCUCGUCUGUUUUCUUGGGGUCUAUGACGUUAAUAGGGGUUGGUGUUUGUGUGUAUCUGGCAUGCCCGUGCCCUUCACCCAAGACACGCUUUACAUGUGUGUAAAUUACUCUUUUGUGUAAAGACUAGUUCAGAGCACCUGUGUGUCUAGCCGGCGUGACUAACCUACCCUGCGUGCUUGACCUGCGUGUCUGACCCAUGGGUCGCUCCGUGUGCAUGAAGCCCUGAAGAUCUGGGUACAGGCUUCUGAUGUGGAUAUCUGGGUCCAGUUACGUGCAAUGGGACGAUGGGGCGUCCAGGCUGCACGGCUGCUCUGAUGUGGUGUGUAGUGCUCACGUGCGGGUCUCAUGCGUCCGUUGGAGGCUGUAUCGGGGAGCUCUGAAUGGCGCUAGCCAAGAAGCUUUAAGUGGUCUAAAACCGUUUGUUACCCCUAAAGAUGCCCGGUGCAGAGUGACGUCCCGCGUUCGCCGCGGCCUGAAUUCGUUGUGUCGAAUUUGGUUAUUGCCCACUUUCCUCAUCUAUCUGUUUACUGUCAGUUCAGUUGCCAAUGCGAAUGAGUUAUUGUGGUGAAGCCUUACUUGCAUGUAAUGGGAAUUGGUAGUAUUGCGUAGUAGGACGCUUUGUGUUUUAUGCCCUCGGAGGUCAGUACGUACGGUGAAUUCAUCGUGCAUGAUCAUUUCCCGUGGCAACCGGCGCAAAGGUUAUGGGCAGGACUGGUCCUUUUGUGCGUUACAACAAUUUCUUUAGGAGUGUGUGGCUGUUUUGGUUGUA